UCCCAUGUUUUUGCUUUUACACCAUUUUUCUGAUCAACACAAACACACUGAACAAAGAAACUUCAAAAGUGCUUUCCUUUCCUUUCCUUUCCUUUCCUUUCAUUUUUUUCUUUUCUCUUUGAUCAGUUUGUGUUUGUUGUUGUUUCUUUCCCUUUUUCCCUUUCCCUUUCCCUUUCUCUUUCUCUCUUCCUCUUAAUCCCCAUGGAUACUGCUCAUUGGCCACAGUUUGCAGGUGGUGGAGUGGUUGUUAAACAAAUGGAAGGAGGAGGAUCAUCAAGUUCAUCAAAGCCUAAUAAUAAUAAUAAUAAUAAUAAUAAUAAUAAUAAUAAUAAUGGUAAUUUGUUAGAGAGAAAAGCAAGGCCUCAAAAGGAGCAAGCUUUAAACUGUCCGAGGUGUAAUUCGACCAACACAAAAUUCUGUUAUUACAACAAUUACAGCCUGUCUCAACCAAGGUAUUUUUGUAAAGCUUGUCGGAGGUAUUGGACUGAAGGUGGUUCUUUAAGGAAUGUUCCAGUGGGUGGCGGCUCAAGGAAGAACAAAAGGUCUUCUUCACUUUCAUCAUCUUCAUCAGCACCACUUGAUCAUAACAAGAAGAUCAACGCCUCUGAUCAAAACCCUAAAAUGAUCCAUCAUCAUGCUCAUCAAGAUCUCAAUCUUGCAAUCUUCCCUCCAACCAGUAAUAAUCCCCCUAUUCCUUCUUCUUCUUCUACUUCUUCUCACCUUUUGGGUUCUUUCAUGACGAUGGCGGCACCGGCGCCGGGAGUUUUCAAUGCCGGUGGUGGAUUUGGAUUGAAUGAGCUAAAGCCACCAACUUUAAGUUUUUCUUUAGAAGGGUUUGAAAAUGGAGGUGGGUAUGGGGAUCAUCAUCAUCAUCAUCAUCAUCAUCAUCAUCAUCAAGAUCAGACGGCUGUGAUGUUUCCAAUUGAAGAAUUGAAGCAAAGUAAUGGGAGAGGUGAAUUUGAGGAUCAGAAUAGGGGAGGAGAUAAUAAUAAUUCAGGUGGUGGAUUUUGGAAUGGAAUGUUGGGAGGUGGAUCAUGGUAAUUUUUCAUUCUAUUUUUCUCAACCCUCCCCUUUUUUCCUAUUAUUUUUUCACUUUUUAAAUAGAUAUGUUGCUGAAAAAAGAUGAAGAAAAUGGUGUGUGCUUUUUUUUUUUUCUUCCUUCUUUUCAUAGUUUGGUGUUGUUGGUGGUGAUGGUGGGGUGAUUUUGUUUGUGGAAUUUGAUGGAAAAAAAAAAACUAACCAUAGGGUUUUUGUUUUUCUUCUCUUGUAUUUCUUUCUUUUUUUUAAUGAUAAUAGAGGAUGUGGAUGGUUUUGAAGCUUU